AUGGCCACUUCUGACUCAUCCAGAACUAUGAAAACCUUGAUCACGAGACAACAAUCUCAACUACAAAUGGUUGCAAGAGCAUUAGCCAACUUCAAAAAAAUUGGCCGAAACAAUUACACUCCGGCGAAGAUCCGAUCUCGAAUCGCUCAGCUGAAGGAUACGUGGUCACAGUGCACCAACGUGCACGUCGCUAUGCUGCAAGCCUUCACCAACGAGGAGCAGGAGGCGAUCGAGUACUUCGAGCAUCAGGAGUUCGAGAGGCACGAAGAGCUGUAUCAGUCAACCCUGGAUUACAUGGCUGAAGCUCUCGAGAUGAUGGAACCUCCCGGCAGUCUACCACAACUCGACGUUUUGACGCUGAGGCAUUGUACAAAUUCAAUUUCGCUCUCGCAUCUACCUCCCAUUAAUAUCCCGCCGUUUUCGGGAAAAGUUGAUGACUGGGAAACCUUUCGCGAUAGAUUCACGUCACUCAUUAUCGAGAAUCGAGAUCUGACUGCAUUUGCUCGGAUGCACUUCUUGGAGUCUAGUUUAUCUGGCCGAGCUCUCGAAUCCAUUAAAAACAUUCCUAUUACCGCCGAUAACUUUGACAUCGCUUGGCGCGCUCUCGAGUCUCGGUACGAUAAUAAACGGCGAUUGGUGGAGAUGCAUGUCUCCGCGUUGCACAAUCUGCCAAGCGUUUCUCGCGAAUCAGCGGCCGACUUAAUCGACUUGCGGGAUAAGGCGAAUCGGGCUAUCGCCUCGUUAAGAAAACUGAAUCGAUCAGCAGAUGACAUUCUUAAUGAUAUUCUCGUAUACAGCGUUUCUCAUAAACUUGAUUAUGCGACGCGGAAAGCAUGGAAGCUCAAAACCAACGAUGAUGUAACUAUCGCGAAAUUCGAAGAUCUCGAUCGGUUUAUUACGGCGCGCGCUAGCGUACUCGAGGAGUUAGCGCCUUCGACCAAAUCCGCGCGAUCACAAAGGUUUACAAGCGCUACGUCGGCGACUGCAUCCCCUCUGUCGUGCCCUCUUUGCAAUGAAUCUCACUAUAUAAACCAAUGUUCUCAAUUUAAGAAAAAGAGUCCGAGUCAACGGCUGGAAAUUGCUCAGCGUUUUAAACGAUGUGUAAACUGUCUAAGCGAUAAGCACGCGGUGCCUUCGUGCCCCAGCAGGUUCUCUUGUCGAACCUGCCAAAAGAGGCAUCAUUCUAUGCUACAUACCGACUCGGCCUCUGUUUCAAACGCCACUUCGCAUCAAAGCGAGCCAGCGAGAUCGCCCGACACGACCGAUGUUUCCGAAGUCGCGGCGCUACACUCCGCGUCAAAAUUAUCAUCGCGCCCUCGCGUUCUGCUCGCGACAGCUCAAGUCAAGAUCAGCUCGAUCUCGGGUCGAUCUUGUAAUGUCCGAGCACUGCUUGACCAGGGGUCCGAGAUAACAUUUAUUUCCGAGAAUCUUCAGCAGUUGUUAAAGCUGCGUCGCAUAAAAUUGCCUCUUUCAAUCUCCGCAAUAGGGGGUGUCGAUGCUGGAACGUGUAAGUUCGCCGCUCAAAUUCAAAUCUCGCCGGUCCACCAACCGCAACCCGUUCUCACGACGAUCGCGUCAAUUCUCCCUUCUCUAACUCGCUACUCCCCGUCGCACGCUCUGUCAACAAUCGAUUGGACUCAUUUGUCGGAUCUCUCUCUCGCGGAUCCAUGCCUCACCAAUUCUGAUCCGAUCGAUGUUAUCAUCGGCGCCGACCUAUAUAGCGAGCUUAUUCUCGAUGGGGUUCGAAAGGGAAACAACGGUCAGCCCGUCGCUCAAAACACGAUUCUCGGAUGGGUUAUCUCGGGCCCUACGUCAGUUUCCCCUUCUCCGCGUCAUAACAUUACAGUUCAACAUUGUUCAUGCUCUAUCUCUGUCGAACAAGAACUUCAAAAGUUCUGGGAGCUUGAGGAAGUUCCUACUCAAGUCAUCCUUAGCCCCGAAGAAAGGCAAUGCGAGGAACAUUUUCUUGCCACGCACUCACGCAACCCGGACGGAAGAUAUAUCGUGCGCCUUCCGUUCAAACAAGGCCCUCCAAUCGAAAUCGGCAAAUCUCGUGCGACCGCCGAGCGCCUGAUUGCGAGUCUGCGCCGUCGAUUUAAGUCAAGUCCGGAAUUGCAAAGGGAAUACGCCAAUUUCUUGCAUGAGUAUGAAACUCUCGGGCACAUGCGAAAAGCGAAAAUGAAUGAGGCCUUGUCGCAAUGCGUUUACAUUCCGCAUCACCCGGUAUUUCGCGACAGUAGCGUUACCACGAAAUUGCGUGUGGUGUUUAAUGCGUCAAGUCUCACCUCAAACGCGACUUCCCUCAACGAUUUUUUAUAUUCCGGUCCCAAGUUGCAGACUGACUUGGCCGGAGUCAUUUUGCGAUGGCGACAACCUAGAUACGUAUACUCGGCUGAUAUCAGUAAAAUGUACCGACAAAUACUCGUAGACCCUCGUGACAUAGACUAUCAACGCAUUCUAUGGAUUGAUAACGAUACUGAACUCGUUCAAGAGUACCAACUUAUGACUGUAACGUACGGUAUAACGUCCGCGCCAUAUUUGGCCUUACGAGUAAUAAGACAACUCAUUAAGGACGAAGGUCACUCGUUUCCGUUAGCCGUGUCCGUUUUACUGAAUCACACAUAUGUGGACCAUUUGUUGUUCGGCGCUGACAACAUGUUGCUUCUUCGGAACACUCGUGAUCAAGUCUGCGCUCUACUGCGACGAGGUAAAUUCGAGUUGCGAAAGUGGUCAAGUAACUCUUCCGCUCUUCUUAGCGAUAUUGCUGCGGACGAUCAUGGAUUAGCAGGUAGCAAAAGUCUGCCAACUGACGAACAGCUGAAGAUUCUUGGUAUUCACUGGAUUCCCGCGUUGGAUUCGUUUCAAUUUCACGUAUCUCUCCCAUCACGCCCCUCGACGACGAAGCGAUCAAUUCUCUCAACGAUCGCGAAGUUGUUUGAUCCAUUGGGCUGGAGCUCUCCUGUCAUCAUCAGUGCAAAAAUAUUCCUCCAACACCUGUGGCAUGUUAAAGUCGAUUGGGAUGAUAGACUUCCCUCCGAGUUAGUGUUGCAAUGGGAAGCAAUUUGA